UUAUUUUUCUUCCCUCUUUAUUUCAAACGUAUUUGUUUUUUGGGGGUGGGGAGGCGGUGAUGGUUGCUGGGGUGAAAGGUCGUUACCCAGGCUGCCCGCUCUCUUUGGCGCGAGUAUUUUUCUUUCCCGCGGGUUCGCGCGAGCGGCUUGUCUCGGGCAGUGCGGAGUGUUCGCGAACAUUCCUUCAGGCGACAGCGGGAGGCGGUGACGGUGGCUUCAGCGACCGAUCGUCCUUACGGACUGUACGAGGCGUGCGAUGUCUGGAUAGAGGAGGCCAGCUAGGCGAAUUGCAAGCACAAGAAUGAUGGCUACUGCUCACCCAGUAGUUUCUGGCUUACUGCCGCUGUUGGAAAUCUUAGAAGAUAUAUCUGUUUCAUCCACGGAGCAAGUGGAUGCUUACCUUACAAUUGCCAGCCGUCUGAGUGGAGAGGAUGGGAAAGAAUUUGCAACUGCAGUUGGCAAACAGUUUCCUCGCAUCUGUGGAGUGUUCAAAACUCACGUUUCAAAUUCGGAUUCAGAACUUUGUAACGCAGCACUACAGGCCUUGGGAUUCUGUGUUUUUCACAGUAAUAUUAGUGCUGGAUUGUCAGAACAUGAAGCCAAGCAAUUGAUUGUUACACUCUGUGAUAUUGCAAUCAAAUCAGCUGAUAAGAACACAUGUACAAGAGCACUGUGGGUUAUAUCAAAACAAAAUUUUUGUACCAAAGUGGUCGAGAAGGAGGUUCAAAAUAUAGUUGCAGCAAUGGAAACGAUAUUAACUAGAGAUCAACAGUCAAUGGUUGUUGAACAUGAAGCCUUAAAUCUUAUAAUAAGGCUGAUAGAACAGACACCUGUUCAGAUGGGAGAAACUGCUGUUCGUUGGGCCAAGCUAAUACUUCCCCUCGUAGUUCAUUCAGCCCCCAAAGUGCGGUUACGGGCAGCAACAGCUCUUGAAAUGAGCCUACCACUUCUCCUUCAAAAACAGCAGGAGGUUGCAGGCAUAAUUGAGCCCUUAAUGAUCUCAAAAAUGAUUCCAGAGCUCCAGAAACUUUUCACAACAAAAAAUGAAACUUAUGUGUUGAAAUUGUGGCCUCUCUUUGUGAAACUUUUGGGAAAGUCAUUGCACCGUGGAGGAAGUUUUAUUAAUUCUCUACUGCAUUUGGAAGAAUUGGGUUUUCGUAGUGGCUCUCCAGUUGUCAAGAAAAUAGCUUUCAUUGCUUGGAAAAGCUUGAUCGAUAAUUUUGCAUUGAAUCCUGAUAUACUUUGCAGUGCAAAACGUCUCCGGCUGCUCAUGCAGCCAUUGAGUUCCAUUCAUGUAAGAACAGAGAUUUUGGGCCUGGCCAAACUAGAGGUUUGGUGGUAUUUGGCUCUUCGGCUAGGACCACAGCUUUCUGCUAACUUUGAUCAGGUUUGUGUCCCGCUGCUACAGAAUGCAUUUGGUAUUGAUGGAACUGUGCAACCAUCAGGAACACCUUGCAGAACUGCAAUGGUCUCUCCUAAUACAACCCCGGCUUCUGCUCAGAAACCAGCAGGUUUUCCUUCACCAAGUCCAACAGUGCCAAGGUUUCAGCUGAAUUCUAGCCUCUCCGCGUUGCCUGUAAUGCAAGCGGUGCAGCUUGUAGGAGUCGAAGUAUUACUUCAUUUCCUGGUGGGUCCUGCAGUCACCGAUCUGGUUAAACAGAACAAGCUGCAGCUUAGUUUAGAUCCUCUGCAGCACCCAUUAAUUAAUAGCUCGUCAUUCUUUUGCAAAAAUGCUGGAACCCUUAUAACUGCAGUUAGAGAUGCAUUCCUUUCUGUUGGCAAACUGGGUGAAGUAGAUGCCAUGCUUAAUCUUAUUUGGAAGUAUCUGAUCAGCUGUGUGAAAAAUGCCAUUGAGUCAGGCUCAAAGAAGGAGCGACAGCCAUCAGAAGUAUUGACACUCCUGUUGCAAGCAUUACAGCAAAUAGUGAAUUCAAAUGCAAUCUCCGCACAGAAAGCUUUGGCUCUUAUAGAGGCAACUGUCAGAGGACUUCCUCAAAAGAUUUUGGGAUCACCAGCAUACCAGGUCGCCAACAUGGACCUUCUGAACGGUACUCCUGCACUCUUCUUGAUCAUACUGCUGUUUCACAACAGUUUACUGGAAGAUUGUGUGGUUGAAGAAAGGUUUUUUAUGAUCCUCGAGACACUUGUUGAAUAUGGACUGUCUGGUCCCACAUGUUCAUUAGCAUUCAGUGAGUCUGUUUUAAAUGUUAUUAACCAAUCUGCAACACUGGUCAUAAACAAGGAGCACCUUUGGCGAAUGUGGAGCAUUGUUGUUAAUCCAUUGAUUGAUCGGGUAACCCAGACCAAUGAAGUAAAUCAAGGGGAUGCACUUGAGCAUAAUUUCAGUGCUUUAUACAUUGCAUUGAUGCUACCCAUAAAUCAUUUGUUCUCAAUGCAGAAUUUUCCACAGUCUACAAUGAAGUCACUACUGAGAACGUGGGCUGAGUUGUAUAAAACAUUUGCACGCUGCGCAGCUCUUGUGGCAACAGCAGAAGCCAACAUUUGCUGUGAGGAAUUAAGUGCCAAAAUCUUAUCAGCAUUGGAUGAUGCUACCUUAUCUAACUUAUCCACAUUGGAUGCCAUCGUUCAUGUUCUGAAUGUGAUGAUUGACUGUGUUGAUUUCUCUCAGUUCUCAAAGUUUCAGCAAAAACCAAACUCACCUCACACUCCUACCCACUGGCUAACGAAGAAACAGGAACCUCUAGGAAAUCUAACUUCACUGCUCAAACUUUUAGUGAAAAUCACAGAUGCUUUUCAUGAACUAAGUUCCAAUGAAUUUCAAUUUGAAACACCAACAGCGGGCUUGGUAUCCAUUGGAGUUGGUAUUGUCAACAUUCUGUCCAGUAUCUUCAAUCACUUAUCCCUGGCUUCAGCAAUUAAAGCAGUUUUAGCCCACUUGACGGGCUCUAUAUCUACCUUCUACGAAAGGACUUCAAGUCCAGUUAAUGGGACUUCAAAAGUGUACAACACUCAUCUGUGUAACAAGUUGGAGAAACUGUAUGCAGAUAUUCUUAUUUGCUUGCAAUCCCGUUACACAUCAUCCUUUGAUAGUGACGUCUUGGAACAACUGUCAUCUCUGCUCAGUAUCACCUUCCUACAUAAGAACCGGCAGAUCAGGAACCAGACCACACAGUUUUGGAAUGCUACGUUUGCCAAAAGUACAUUGUUACACUAUCCGCAGCAAAUUAAGUCGGUCUUAAGUCGGGUCAAGCAGAAGACACCCAUAAUAUUGCCUGGUUUUGAGACCUUGGAAUUAAUGGAAGAGUCAAGUGGGCCUUAUUCUGAUUUGUCUGAACAUUCCCAAUUAGACACUAAAGUCAGUGGUGUGCAAGUUAAUUCAUUUGGAAAAAGAGAGUCAUUGCUUGCUAGAGCUGAAGAUCUGAAAGAGAAGUGUGUGCCUCAAACUCCAGCAAAAUUGAAGCUAGAUUUUUCUUCUCCCAAAAUGCCACGACAAGAGCGACUGCUGGAGGAGGAGAAAUCAAUAGAUUUUGUGUUUAUACCACCUGAACCUAAGGAGCGGAUUUUGACAGAGCAUCAGAAAGAGGUGUUAUGGACAAAGAGGACUGACCUUCCUGCCAUGUACAAUAAUUUGGAUGCAUCUCAGGAUUCUCACUUGUUUUCCCAGUAUACACAAUCUCAGGAGGACAACUUAGCUAAUCCUGCAAAAAAAUUUGGAGAAGCAACAACGGAAACCUCUGAAAACCUACCACAGGAUGAAAAUAUGGAAACCGAAAAUGAGCUUGAUACCCAGAUUGCCAUUGAGGCAAAUAAUGAAAAUGAAUUGCCUCAUCAAGGAACUGACCAAGAAUGUGCUGACCACGAGGGAAGUAGGAUGAACGUUGAAGAUUCCGUAGAUUUUGUUUGCAGUGACAAACAGGAGGAAGUGAGAAACAUGGUGGCUCAAUCUAAAUCAAACUGCACUGGUUGUGCUUCUGAAUCAGGGGUUAGCAGUGCUGAUGUGAGUGGUAGUUCUACCUCUUCUGACAUCAUCUCUGGAACGCCACAGAAAACCAGCAGCAGAAGGCAGUCAUUUAUUACUCUGGAGAAGUUUGAUCCCUCCACUACAUGUUGCUUCAGUAACUCCCCUUUGGUUAAAAUGGCACAAGCAGCUGCUGAAGUUUUCAUACCUCAGUGGGCUGAAGCAAUGGAGGUGGAAGUUGCAUCACAGCAUGAGAAGAGCAAAGUUUGCCAGGAAGUCAAUUUGAGUACAACAAAAACUGGCAAACAUGGUAGACGUAGGCAAAGUAAAAUUGAAAGGUCAACUGUAGAAAAUUCAACCAAGUACACUAAGGCUCCAAAAAGUAUUAAGAGUUCUACAAUUGAAUCAUUGGAUGCAAAAGAAAAUUCUACAACUAAUAAUCGGGACCAUCUUAAUAAAAGCGAAGCUGUAUGUCGCCAGGAUUCUGAGAGCCAGACAAGUAACAAACAGACAAACAACAGUGUUUCUAGUGAAGAAAAUUCUGAAAUUACUCCUGUAGACUUGAAAGAGACAGCCUCAUCCGAAAAUGUUUCAAGCGUACAAGAGAAGAAUGAUUCUUCUAAAGUACUAACAAAAAAAAUGCUAAGGCGUUCUUCUAGGAAGCACUUGGAUGUGGCAGUUACAAAUCAGAAUGACAGCAAGGAAAAAAGAGACGAUAAACUAGGGAAAAAAUCACAAAAUGAGGGAGAGGAGCAUCUUCAAAAUUCUCUCCAGCAUCAUGAGCUUUUCAAAGCAAAAGAAAAUGAUUCUAAAUCUUUAUCUGGUAAGUCAGCAACUGAGAAAAGCAGGACUUCAAAAAAUGUUUCUCAGGAGUCUGAUUCCACCAAAAAUACGCCAGAUGCUGGUGACAAAGUCCGCCCUCGCUACCAGACUCGUAGAGCAUCCCAAGGCUUGACUGAAGCAGAGAACAGUUGCUGUAGCAUUACUGAAUCGGAGGGUUCUGAAGGCAACCCAAAGCUUCAGGAUGGUCAGAAGAAAAGGAGAAUGUCCAAGGGAAGAACAAAGACUAAAGAGUUAUCCCUCAAGAACAGCAAGACCAAAGGUCUGAUGGAAGAUGAAACAACUGUAGACAGUCAGGUGUGCUCAAAAAAUGAAAAUGUAGAGCUGAAACGUUCAGAAAAAGAGUUGGAGGUUGAAAUUCAGCAUGAUGUUGAAGUGAUGACCCAGGUGGAAGGUGCAGAAAAUCUUGGUGAAAUGCAUAGUUCACAGAUGUCUCCAGUGCUUCAUGCUUCAGUCGAAGAGUCAAACACAGAAAAGGACCUUAAAACACACAACACAGCACAAAACCCAAGAGAACAACCUGAAACUAUUGAAAGUGUAAAAACUGAGCUUUAUUUAGAACCAGGCAAAACUGAAGAAGCCUUCACAGUUGUCCAUGUUCACCACUUGCCUUAUGAGACAGAAGUUUUAUCAGCUGAUUGUUCAAAUCUUUCAGAUAGACUGCUUUCAGUCAAGAAGAGCCACAAGUUGGAUGAGUGCCAUGUGAGAAGUAAAAGGACUCGAAAAACUAAAAAUUGUGAUUGCUGCAAAGGCUCUUCACAGCAUGGAAAAUUGCAAUUAGAAAAUAAAGAGAGCUCCACCAAACAAGAGCCAGAAUCUGAUCAAAAAGAGGAUACUUUGCACCUAAGCUCUUCAAUUAAUUAUUCUUCGACGGAGAGGCUAUUAGAGAGCCCCAGGCUUAACAACACUGUAAAUGAUGGACCUUGUGCAUUCAGCACACCUCUGUCUGGAGAUAGCAAAAUUCAGUUUUUUGGUGGUUCUCUUAGUACUGUUACAUCAGAGGUGGAUUUGACAGAAGAAAGAAAGGUCAUCCCGAGGAUUGAAACCUCUGCGGGGCGGCAGGAGGCGGAGGAGCCCUCUGCGGGGCGGCAGGGGGCGGAGGAGCCCUCUGCGGGGCGGCAGGGGGCGGAGGAGCCCUCUGCGGGGCGGCAGGGGGCGGAGGAGCCCUCUGCGGGGCGGCAGGGGGCGGAGGAGCCCUCUGCGGGGCGGCAGGGGGCGGAGGAGCCCUCUGCGGGGCGGCAGGAGCUCUCUAGGGAAGAGAAGGCAGUGAAUGAUUCUUCCGUGGAACAGAAAGUGUUGGAGUCUUCCACUGGUGCACAGAUGACAGAUGGCUCUUCAGUGGAGCAAACUGCAGUACCAGAGUCAUCCUCUACAGAGCAGGAAAUGAUCAAUUCCUCUUUCACAGAGCAGAAAGUGGUGCAAGAGUCCUCAACAGAGCAAAAAGCAGAGGAAUAUUUUAAAAAUGGAGGGAAUGAACAAAUAAAAUCAGUGAAGGGAGAUGUUGGCACCGUUGAAUUGUCAAUGUCGGAAGGAGAACCAGUAUCCAACGAUGUUGCUUUGAUAAAGGAUGAACCAUUAAAAAGCAAAGAAACACUAGCUGGCUAUGAGUUGGAACAAGAUCAACCUAGCACGACAGGUGUAACUAUCCCAAGUGAUGGAGUGACCACUGUACAAGCUGAAACUGAUCAAAUGGGCAGGCCAAGUGUUCCAAUCCCAUUUGACAAAAAUAAUGUACAAGAUGAGCCAGUGACUGCAGAGCAUCUUAAAGAUGCAGAGACCAUUGGCACUGAAGAGUCUUCUCCUCAGGUGGAGUUAACCACGCAAGUUGAUGUCUCCAAACCCAUAUCAGCGCAUCUCAUGGAAUCACCACAAAAGACUAAAAAUGAUGCCUCAUUUCUGGUUGGAUCAAUGCACAGUCCUUCUGAAAUGCAGGCAUGUUGUGUAUGGUCACCAACAGCAUCACCUUCUACAAGUAUUCUCAAGAAGGGAAUUAAACGACCAUCUGAAAAUGAUUCUCCGUCUCCAAUGACUAAGAUUCGCCGUGUUUCGUUUGCAGAUCCAAUUCAGCGGGAAGGAUUAGCAGAUGACAUUGAUCGUCGUAGCCCAGUAGUGCGAUCUCAUUCCUCUUCUGGAAGUUCUCCUGGAUUAAAUUACGCUGUCACAAAUGGUUGCAGCCAGCCCAAUAAUCAAUCCAAGUACAAUACCACUCCAACAAAAGGUUUUCUGUCUCCAAGUGCUCGCAGCUCUGGCUAUAAAAGUUCAAAGAAAUGUUUGAUCUCUGAGAUGAGCAAAGAACCAACGGCCUUGUCUACAGCUGGUGUGUAUCCAGCUUUGAUCAGCUGCUCUUUACCAGUAGAAACCAUUCUACCCCAGCUUGCUUCUAACAUGUGGGCCCGAGGUUUGGGGCAGCUUGUAAGAGCUAAAAAUAUCAAGACAAUUGGUGACCUGAGCUCGCUUACAGCAGCUGAAAUUAAGUUGCUUCCAAUCCGUUCUCCAAAAGUCUUUGUUGUAAAAAAGGCUCUCAAAUCCUUCUACGAGCAGCAAAAGAAAUCCCUUGGUUUAGAUGAAGAUAAUGUGUUUGAAAAUGACAAGAUAGUAAAUGGGAUGGAGGACAGCAGUUACUCCAAUGCUGAUGAUGAGAAGCUAGCAACAGAUUUAGUUGAACCUGGGCCAUCUGCCACUACCCCUUCUACAGCUCUGGUUUCUGAGGUUAAUGCCCUUUCUGCUCGGUUUUUCUCUGAGAACUUGAAUGAACACUCCGGGAGUCAACUCUUUGCAAUGCAUCAACAACUGAGCAGCAUGAUGAACUGUAUCAUGGGAAAUCUACGGUCUCGCUGGAGGUCACCUCCACAUGAAGCUGCUGACUGAUGUUUCUAAGUCACUUGAACUGGGAAAGUACAACCAAAAGAAUAGAGAUUAUUGACUCCCUCGCACUAUUUUCUCUUCACAAUGGACUUAAUCUCUUCUUACCUUUUGAUAAUUUGCCACAUUCUUUCAGAUUGGUGUAAUUUUCCCCUUCGUUAACAUCCAGCUGCUCUAACCUGAGCCUUUCCCUCUACCUUAAAGGAUUAAGAAUUUGAAUUGCAGUCUUGUCUGCUGCUCAAACCCAUCUGUCCUCCUCUUGUGGAGGUGUUCUGGUUAAAAUACAGCAAUAAGUGGCCUGGUCAGAAUGGGAGUAACAAUUCAGCAAUGUGCACUACCUGUUCUGGAGAACUCAUUCCUUCUGGCUGAUCCAGAGUGGAUGUCACCAGCUAUGCCAAAAUCAUGGGAGACUGGCUUCCCUGAAGGAUAUAUGGAGGGAUUUUAUAUUUAAAGAAUGAGGUUGAAAGGAAUUUUGUUCAGAGAUUAAGAAUUAAUUUUCUAAAACAAAAAUGUAAACCAAAACUCCUAGUCUUAUUUUGAUGGAUUUCUUUACAUAAAAGCAAAUAAGGUGCUGGUAACUGGAGAGGGUCUCACUCGGUGAAAAUGAUCAUUUUUAAAAACAGGAUGGCAGAAUCUAUGCAGGAAGAGGACCACACAUGGAGCUUUCAUUUGAGAGACUCAUUCAUGCUAUGUAAAUUGGUAAAACUAGUUUUUAAAAGAAUAAAAUUUCCUGUAAGGAAAAUAAUUUUGUGAUAAAUUAUAAUGUUUUACCAAAUGGCGUUUUUUGUCAAUGGAAUUUGCAGUGAAAUAUUGCUGCUAAUUCUGUAUCUCUGGCCAUUACUUGACCUUGUUUAUAGAUGCCAGGGUAAAUCAGUGCACAGAAAUGGAAUCAGAGCUGCACUUUUUUUUUAAUUAUUAAAGCUAUGUUUGAGCUCACCACGAUACUCAUUCUUGUACAAAUAAAAGGAAUUGAAAUCU